AUGGCGUUCGGGCCGGUGAGACUGUCUUCAAAUCUCCGCGUUUCAUAUUUCGCGCCACUGCACGCGAUUCCUACAUGUAAGGACUACUGCCAAAAUCGCCAAGCGGUUCAACAGACAGCUCUGACCGAUAAUUUCAAUCUCCUCGUACCUGAAAUUGUCGAUACUACCCUCCUUCGAAUCGCGCGAUCAUACCUAUCGAGCGAUGAUGGCUGCCCUAACCAUAUGGCGCGUAGCCCUCGUCUCAUUGUGCCUGCCAACGCUACGAAUGAGUCCAAUGUAAUAUAUAACGAGACUUGGUAUCUUUUCAACAAGCACGGUAUACCCACACCUGGAGAUCUGAAGGUCGCUCGUCACUCUUACCGCCAACGAUGCCCCCAUACAGACGACGGCGUUCCCAACGAUCUCACUUCUUUGGCUCUCAUGCGAGCCCUUGUCGAGAACAAUCCCGACGACAUCAAGGCUCUCCUGCCUUUCAACGAUACCACCUUCACCAACGAUCACUGGAAAGCAGCGUGUUCUGAGAAAAGACGCGAUUACAUCACGCCCAUGGUCAACUUCUUGGGCCCUCCCGACCUGUUCAUGGCGUUCAACAUGAGCACCGCCUACGAUGCCGAACUUGGAAGCAUGUGGCCGAUCGUUAUACAGACACGGUUGAACAGGGUGACUGGCGCUUUCGGACAAGGUUUCAGCGGUCCUCUGGCCGGGAUACAGCGUCAAGCGAAAGGGAACUGCUUUGUAGCCUGUCUUUCGCAUACUCUAGACGUUGCCACCUAUGCCGCGCCCAUGGCCAACGUGUUCUGGAACGACGGUCUUCAUAGGCCAGGGAAAUUCGUUACCGAGCCUAUUCCUCACCGGGAAGACGGGUCGAUCGAUUACCCCGAGAUCGACAGGUUGAUCAACCGGACCACGAGCAGUUUAGGGCCCACCCUCCUGAUCACGAAGAACGAAACCAAGGGCGUCAUAAAUCCAGGUACCGUCUACACACUCAGCAUGCCUCCGCCCGUCUACGCCUCGGACAAUAUUACACUGAUGCCGCAGGGCAGUCUUGUGGCCAGAGACGUUCGGCUGCAGCCACAAGGUCCUGACCACCCAGGAGAUCCUGGUCAGGAAGUGAGAAUAUCCGCACAGGAAAUCGCGAUGGAUGGAGCGUUUCUGACCCAUCUCGAAUGGUGA